AUGAAAGAAAUCGUCGCAAAUGAGAAUGAACAAGGAACUGCAGAUCCAAGUAGUACCAGUCAACCUACUCCGAAACCUAGCACGAUUCCGAAGAAACAAGCUACUGUUGUCUUGGCCAGUACUAGUCGACCUACUCCAAAAACUAGCACGAUUCCGAAGAAACAAACUGCUGUUGUCUUGGCCAGUACUAGUCGACCUACUCCAAAAACUAGCACGAUUCCGAAGAAAAAAGCCAAUGCGGUUGACCUAAGUCUAUCACAGCCAACCCCGUCAAACUAUAGCGCAAGAUUUGAUCGAGAAGAUCUCGAGUUUGUACUUGACUAUAUCUCAAACGAGUCUAAUCAAAGAAAUCUCAUGGGUGCUGGGUCAAAAACAAAAGUGGGAGGUUUAAGUCGCAAGGCACACUGGAAUAUCUUUGCUACUCUAGUCAAUAGUUCACAUAAUGAUCGACUUCGAGCAAACGGUAGACAUUCUUCAAACAAGCUAUCACUUGAUGGUAGUGCACUUGGCAAACGGUGGGGUGCAAUCCGCGAUAGCAUGGAUUUAGAGGCGGGCUUGGAUGAUGAGGACUCUGAGGAAUCAUCUGAACAUGAAGAUGAAAACAUAUUGUCAUCAACUGAAAUUUUGAGAAAGGCAGCACAUAUUGAAGAGCUCGAAGAUGUUGAAAAUGAGAUUGAAUCGCCUGUACCCUCUUUGAAGGAAUUUGAUGAUGAAGACGAUGAAACUCAACAACACCCCGAUAACCUUCAAGACUUCUUACACGCCAAUUCACCUGACUUUUCAAAUGAGAUCAAGGAGCCAAUUUACAUACAGCCUGAUCAACAAGCUCUACCUCCUCGCCAAAGCAUCAAGCAUCGACCAUUAAAACCCUUGCCACCCGUGAAUGAAGAUGAUGUUCGACGUAAGAAGCCAGUGGCGAAUGCAAUGAUGCAGGCUCAAACAUCGACAAUGCAAUUUUAUAAUGAAAAGAUGAAAGAAAAAGAAAUAGAAGAAGAACUUAAAGAAAAACAGAAAAUCGUUUGGGAAAGAGAGAAAUUUGACUUGGAAACCGCCCGGAUGGCUCAGAUAAAGCGAGAUGACUUGGAACGCGAAGCUCGGGUCGCUGAAGCUCAAUGUGAUUGUGAUUUGAAGCUUGCUUCAGCUAAAUCAGCUGAAGACAAAAGAAGAGAACAACGAGAGGCAGUAAAGGAGUGUCGUAAAGAUGGGAUGUCAAUUGAAGAUACUAAGGCAUACAUCGAAUUGAUGUUUCCUACCACUUGA